CCUCAUGUUCUUUGUGCUUUUUGCAGGGUGACUUUUUCCUGAGAGGGUUUUGUGGGUUUUUUAGUGCAAAGUUUCACCUUGAAAAGUUCCGUGGAAACAAAAGCUUCUUUUUACUAUCUCAUUCUCUCUCUCUCUCUAUCUCAUUUUCUUUCUCUAUUCUAUCUAUAUCUAUGUACCUUGGAGCAGCUGAGAACCUUCACAGUAUUCUUCUUCAACAACAACAAGAACCACAACAACAACAAAAUUAGCAUAAAUGAGUAGUGAAGGGGACAUGUCUAAUAAGGAUCCGGGUAUUAUGCUCUUUGGUAUGAAGAUUCCGUUGCCGGAAUGUCAGAUUCCGGUAAGUUCUCAAAUGGGGUGUCAAAAUCAAGCCAACUCUGCAACCAUGAAUGCUUGCAGUGGCUUAAAGAAAACUGAAGUUGAAGUGCCUUGUGUUGAAAACUCUGAGCAACCAGAGAAUUCUUCUGAUUUAAGGGAUAGCAAUCAAGAGCCCGUACAAAAUAAUGUGCAGGAAAAUGGGUCAAAAAUUAAUGCCAAGCCAUUGGAGGAUAAUAUGGAGAAUAGUAGCACAGACCAAGAUAAAAUCUUCAAGAAACCAGACAAGAUUCUUCACUGUCCACGGUGCAACAGCUUGGACACUAAAUUCUGUUAUUUCAAUAACUACAAUGUCAAUCAACCUCGGCAUUUCUGCAAGAACUGCCAAAGAUAUUGGACUGCCGGUGGAACAAUGAGAAAUGUUCCUGUGGGUGCUGGGAGACGAAAGAACAAGCACCUAGCUUCUCAAUACCGACACAUCAUCGUAGCUUCCGAUGGAAUUCCAACUGCUAGGUUUGAAACCAAAGACUCUUCUAGUCACCAACUUGUCUCAACUCUUGAAUCUGCUGCUAUUUUCAGAUCUUCAACAGAUAACGGAACUGUGUUGAAAUUUGGUCCAGAUGCUCCUCUCUGUGAAUCCAUGGAGUCAAUGCUUAAUAUUAAGGAACCAAAACGAAGUGUUGAUGCAAACUCUAUCACUUGUGCAGAGAAUGGGGAGGAGGAAGUAUCCUUAUGUGGAUCAUCUGUGAGCAAUUCUUGCACUCUAAGAAACGAAUUGCCAGAACAUAAUGCAUCAAAACCUUUGCGGUGUCUCCCUGUUCCUCCAUGGAUAUUCCCUUGGAAUCCAAGUUGGAACAAUGUGGCUUCCACAGCCGCAGUUCACCCAUCUUCGUUGCACAUGUGUAGUCAUUACAGUGCCGACCCCGCUUCAAUGCAGUGGUGUCCCACGCCGAUGGUGGCCGUCCAAACCAUCUGUCCACCAAGCUUUCCCUUGCAAUUUGUUCCUGGAUCAUACUGGGGUGGACCACCUGUGUGGGGUGCUGGAACAGGAUCUGUAUCAAUAGGUUUCAACGCUUGCCUUUCGCCUACUUCCUCCACUAGUAACAGCUGCUGCUCAGGUAAUGGCUCGCCGACACUUGGCAAACACACCAGAGAUACUGUUUUCACAGAUGAAGAGAAGUCAGACAUGUGUGUUUUGGUUCCAAAGACCCUUAGAAUUGAUGAUCCAAAUGAGGCCUCAAAAUGUCCUAUAUGGUCUACUUCAUUAGGGAUCAAGCCUGAUAACCUGCAAUAUGUCUCAGAAGAUGCUAUUUCCAAAAGGGAAAAGCCUAAAGAAGGCAAAGACCGUGUGUUAGGUGUGUCUCAAAUCUUGGAAGCUAAUCCUGCAGCAAUUUCUCGUGCUCAUGCAUUCCAAGAGAGCAUAUAAUGAGUUUCAGCUUCCACUCUUCCAUUGAUAAUCUGUGCAUAUUGCUUGGUUCACAUGCAGAAAAUCUGUUUUGCAGGUAGCAUUGUUACUUUGUCUAGUCCAUAUUGUCCAUUGUGUAACUUCAUUUUGAUGAUGUACUUAAAUCUAUUUUUGAGUUAUGCUCUCUGAAAUUCAUGAUUCUUGGAGACGCAAGUGCAACAAUAAAACAGUGAUAACUGAAUCACUCAUCAUUUAAGGUAGUGUAAAUUGCAAGUUGAGUAAUUGUUAUUGUAUGUAGCCCCUUAUCCUGAACAAAUUCAUAGUUUUAUUUUUCUGUUUUCUUGA